GCCUAGCCAUGCAGUCGUGGCUGAACAGGGAGUACGGGAGGGGAUUGAGCACGCACCCCUGGGGGGCUCCAGUGUUGAGAAUCAGCGUGGCAGAUGUGUUGCUACCUACCCUCAUCACCUUUAAAGGUCAGUGCGGGGCUUUUAUGAGUCACAAAUGCUAAUUGACUGGACGUAGCCACAGCCUGACUUUACAUGUUGUCAUGUAGAACAGUUUAGCAGAGUUGGGGUAAAUUCCGUAAAUUCUAUUAUAAUUAAAUUCCAUCUACCUGUAAAUGUAAAUUCCAGGUCACCCUGAAUUCCAAUAAUUCAAUUCCCAAUUCAAUAUUAUCCACAAAUCCAAAUUCCCUCAGGCUGAUUAUGUCACUGUUUAGAUAUUUCUAGUAUCGCUAGGCUAUAGUAAUACAAAUUGAAAUGAUUUUUAAACAUAUCCAGAGAGAGAGUUUUUGUGCAUUAAUUCCAUUGACUGUGAACUGUACAAAUAUUGAAUUCCAAAGAUGACUUUUUUUUUUACUAUUUCAAUUCCAAUUCUGUAACUUAGAUUGCUGAAAUUUGAAUUGAUUUCAAUGUAAAUUCUCCACUUCAUGAGUGAAUUUAUUGGACUUGACCACAACCCUGCUAUUUAGGCCUAUACAUCGUCAUGACCAUUCAUUAUAGGUGAUGACACUGUACAAGUCAUUAUGCAUUGAAAUAUGUAGGUAACUGCCAAAAAUAAAGGAAAUACCAACAGUCUUAAUAAGGCGUUGGGCCACUCACUCACUACAAGCCGCCAAAACAGCUUCAAUGCACCUUGGCAUAGAUUCUACUAGUGUCUGGAACUCUAUUGGGAGGGAUGCGACACCAUUCUUCCACAAGAAAUGACAUAAUUUGGUGUUUUGUUGAUGGUGGUGGAAAACACUGUCACAGGUGCCGCUCCAGAAUCUUCCAGUGUUCAGUUGGUUUGAGAUCUGGUGACUGACUGACACCUACACACUUUAAACCCCCUAUGCUCCUUUUGAGACCCCGCACUGAGACAUCUUCUACCCAUGGUAGCCAAAAUAAUGGGCAACUGGGCAUUUUUUUUUAAUACAUGGCCCUAAGCAUUAUGGGAUGUUAAUUGCUUAAUUAACUCAGGAACCGCAGCUGCUUUCAAUAUACUUUGGAUCCCUUUUUUCCCUUUUAUUUUGGCAGUUACAUGUCUGAUUUACAAAUUGAAUGCACCUGCACAAUAGCUGAAACCUUUAUAAAUCACACAUUGAUCUAAAUGGGGGACUUGAUAGGUCCUGACAAGUACUCCCAUCUCAAAUUAGGAUUAGAGAGGAUCUCUACAUGUAUCAGAUUCUAGUUGAAUCUGUAAGACUGCUGUCAGACCCGACAGUAGCAGCAUAGUAGAUCAUCCAGUCGUUGUGUUCCCACCCAGGAGCCGGUACAUUGCCUUCCUGAGAGGGGUGCUCCAGCACCCCCUGUUGUCGAGAUCUUCUCCCUCCUGGCUGACUAGUUCUUUGAGAACAGUCCAAGGCCGUUAAGUUCUAUAUGCAUGAUAUCUGUGUGUCCAAACAGGUCAGGAAAAGUCAAUUGUGGUUGUGCUUUUUAAGAUACUCAUAUUACCUUGAGUUGCUUUAAUUAUUUUACCUUACAAGUGAAUUUCAUGUCAUGAUGAUAAUGACAUUUCCUUGGCAUGCUCAAUGCUGUGUGUGUGUCCUGGACAAGUUAAACUCUAUUGAACUGACGAGCGAUGGGCCCCAUGUGGAAGCACUCCAUGGCUGUGUUCAACUGCUUUAAGAGGGCCCUGGAGAUGGACAGCACCAACCUGGCUCUGUGGAUCGAGUACAGCACCAUGUCCUACGCCGUGUACUCCUUCACCUCGCGCCAACUCAAACAGUGGAGGACUGAGCUUCCCUCCGAGGUCAUCAAACCGAUGGAGGAGAGAGACCAUGCUGGAGACGUGUUUCCAGGGGACGUCUCGGUGUGAGGGGGAUAGGGAUGAGGAAGAGUGGUUCAUUCACUACAUGCUGGGGAAGAUAGCUGAGAAACGCAAGCAGCCACCUGGGGAAUACAUCCAGCUCUACAAACAGGAAGCUGCCAGAUACACUACCACAAUUCCCCUAACUUGUCUAUGGAGGCCCUGGAGCUGUACUUCCAUCUGAGCGCCACUGUCAGACCUGGAGCAUGAUCUUCUUCAACAUCCUGGCUGUGGUGGCCACUGGACCCUUUGCCAGGGGGGGGAAGAGAAGAGAAGGGCAGGCCCAGGUCCAACGAAAAGUGAGGGACCUCAACCUUAGCCUGGGAUCUAUGCUCUGUCUUAUAAAACUCAUUCUGUGACUCGACUACAAACCAAAAGGAAAAACGUGAAAUUCUCCCCCUCUGGCCCAACCUUUUGUUUUGUCCCCACCCCCUCUCUCACCUCAGGGAGAUGGAUGAGGACUCCCACUGCUUUGUGUCAUCUAUGUGUGAUGGAUGUUCAUGGGGCCUCCCUCCCCUCCAAUGCUGCAGGUCUGACGCCCCCACCUUACACGGCCACUCUGGUCGACCACGAUUACACCAAACGUAACACCCUCCGGCGGCGGCAGCAGACCAAACGUAACACCCUCCGGCGGCGGCAGCAGACCAAACAUAACACCCUCCGGCGGCGGCAGCAGACCAAACGUAACACCCUCCGGCGGCAGCAGACCAAACGUAACACCCUCCGGCGGCGGCAGCAGACCAAACGUAACACCCUCCGGCGGCGGCAGCAGACCAAACGUAACACCCUCCGGCGGCGGCAGCAGACCAAACGUAACACCCUCCGGCGGCGGCAGCAGACCAAACAUAACACCCUCCGGCGGCGGCAGCAGACCAAACGUAACACCCUCCGGCGGCAGCAGACCAAACGUAACACCCUCCGGCGGCAGCAGACCAAACGUAACACCCUCCGGCGGCAGCAGACCAAACGUAACACCCUCCGGCGGCAGCAGACCAAACGUAACACCCUCCGGCGGCAGCAGACCAAACGUAACACCCUCCGGCGGCGGCAGCAGACCAAACGUAACACCCUCCGGCGGCGGCAGCAGACCAAACGUAACACCCUCCGGCGGCGGCAGCAGACCAAACGUAACACCCUCCGGCGGCGGCAGCAGACCAAACAUAACACCCUCCGGCGGCAGCAGACCAAACGUAACACCCUCCGGCGGCAGCAGACCAAACGUAACACCUUCCGGCGGCAGCAGACCAAACGUAACACCUUCCGGCGGCAGCAGACCAAACGUAACACCUUCCGGCGGCAGCAGACCAAACGUAACACCUUCCGGCGGCAGCAGACCAAACGUAACACCUUCCGGCGGCAGCAGACCAAACGUAACACCCUCCGGCGGCAGCAGACCAAACGUAACACCUUCCGGCGGCAGCAGACCAAACGUAACACCCUCCGGCGGCAGCAGACCAAACGUAACACCUUCCGGCGGCAGCAGACGAGGAAACAGUAUGAGGAGGAGCUGAUGAAUCUGCGGUGGCCACGUGAUGUGUUGCUAGGAAGCAGUGUCCCAUGGCAACAGCUGAAGUAUAUGCCAGCACGAGGACUUUUCUAUGAGGGGAACAAGACAAACCUGUUCAUUGGCAUCUGGCAUAUUCCAGUGGAUGAGAUUGAUCGCCCUGGCAGUUUUGCAUCUCAUAUGAACCGAUCCAUCGUCCUCUUGCUGGAGGUGCUGUCUCAGCUGAAGGACCACGACACACUGAUAAAAUUCUCUUUCAUGCUCCAGAGAACCCCUGACCAGGGAAAGAAGUAUUUGCGGGAUGUGGAUCGUCAGGUUUUGGCCCAGAGAGCAUUUUUCCUAGCUGUAAAAUUCCUGGAGGACAAUCUGAACAAACUCACAGGGGUGUCAGAGCAGCCUUCCAAAGUGCCUGCGCCCUCCAUGGGGGAAAUGACAACAGCGGACACGUCCAACAGGCCCAGUGCAGAGGACAGCAGUCAUGCACUGCAUAAGAAGCCUGAGCUCACUGAGGAACCCCAGGUCACUGCCCCAGGCCCUGACUCUGGGUCCCGGGAGACCCCUCAGACACAGCCAGCCCUGCUGGCCACAGACAGAAACAGGGGGGAUCAGCAGCAGAGAACUCCAUCUGGGAAGGUGGAGGCUGCUGUGGGCGAGUGGGCCAGAGCAGGGCCAGAGGAGCCCAUGGAGCUGGAUGCUGGCCACUGGGGGCGUCCCUCCAAGACCACAGACUCUCAGGGCAGACAACCAGACACUGAGUCUCCCAGAACUGUCCUGGUGCCUGGGGAGAAAGUUGUUGAGAGCAGCCGCGCACCGGAGCUUUCUCUGGAGGACCUGAGCAUCAGCUCCAGACAGCAGCAGCAGCAGCAGCUCCAGUGCCCGGUAGCUAAGGGCCCAGUGUUAGCCAGCGGAGCAGAGCAGGGACUAGCCCAGGGGGCGCUAUGCAGGCCCAGCAGGAAGAGGAAGCUCCUGGAUGACGUGGAGUCAGGCGAAACUCUUCUGCUGGAUGCCUACCGGGUGUGGCAGCAGGGCCAGAACGUCAUGACCUACGACCUGGGGCGCAUUGAGAAGAUCAUGUCAGAGACAUACAUGCUCAUCAAGCAGGUGGAUGAGGACGUGGCGCUGGACCAAGCCGUGAAGUUCUGCCAGAUACAGAUGGCCACUUCAGCACAACGACAGUAUCUGUACAGAGGAAAGAAGAUUCUACUGCAGAUGGGCACUCAAGGUCAGGCACUCCUCCUUAUUACCACACUCUGUCUUUAUCUUUCUCAGUCUGCCGGUGAUGCCCCGACAACACCCAAGUACACUAAGGAUAACCGCGACAUCUUCUUCCCUGCCUCUCUGCCAACCCCGGUCUUGCUCAGCCACACUGCCUGCCACCCUCUGUCCAUCCAGAUCCAGGACAGCCAAGCCAAACUCCAGUACGAGCCCCUGGGCAAGGUGCCCAGACCUCCAGCCAGCGGCUCCCACGAGCAGCCCCAGCACAGGAGAGCCCCCCUGCCCAUCCACCCUGCUUCAACUAUGGCCUUCAACCCCCAAACAGCCAGGUCAUGUGACGUGGUUGUUUCUCCAGAUGAACUUGAGGAGCCUGCAGAAGGACUGUCCUACAGACAGCAGGAGUCUCAUCUGUGCCAACAAAUGAAGCUGGCCACUGUGUCCCCAGGGCAGGAGGCUGCAGGCUGGCCCCAUGACGAGCCUGCUUCCUGUAGUACCACACAAACCUGCUUAGACCAGCAGCUGUAUGGCAGCAGUGAGCAGUCUAAGAUGUUGGACCCCAGUCGUGUGCGCUCCCGCAUCCCCCCCAACAUGCCAAAGCUCUUCAUCCCCUCCACCGUCACCAAGUUCCCCCCGGAAAUUACCGUCACCCCGCCUACACCCACCCUGCUCUCCCCCAAAGGAAGUAUCUCAGAGGAAACCAAGCAGAGACUCAAGAACGUGAUCCUGUCCUCCCAGUCAGCGGCCACAGUGAAGGAGACGCUGAGCCAGCCAGCCCUGGAGGUGCAAGAGACCUCCAGCCAGGAGUCCUCUCUGGAGAGUGAAUCAGACGAUGAGGAUGAGGAGGAUGAUUACAUGGACAUCUGAGCUACUGACCAGCUGUGCCCCCCCGCCCCCUUGUCCCCUUCUCACAGCUACAAGAGUGAACAAACCAAGGCUGCUCAUUUGAGCUUGACCUGACUACCGCCAACCCUUCCACCUUGUCUUGAAACAAUGGAAUGGUACAUGUCACUGCAGCUAGUGUCUCUGUAUUGAUGCAGUUGGUCUAUCUUGUAUUGAAUGGGAAAAGGCUCUAGAAAGUCAAACUGUGGAUGACUGGGGAUGUUUUUAGUUCAACAACAAUUUAGCAAAGUGCCAUUUUACACUCAUCACACCUGCCAGGUAGCCAAGGUCUCCAUAGUCUUUCAGAAAGGGUGUAGAAUGAUGAUCACUUACUGUAAGUUAAAUGGUCAGAAUUUGUGGAUUGUUGCUAUGCAGACAAAUUCUUAGCCUUCAAUGCAAUUGGCAUCCUUGGCUGUGAUUUAUGCAUCUUUCACAAGUAAUGGGGUCAAAAAUUCAGCCUGCUUUUACUAUAUUUCAACUGCAGCUACAUCCUUGUUGGUGGGAUGCAACAUCCCACACUGAGUUACUUCAACAUGAUAUGUGCCAUGGCAACAUACAACUGUUGCCAGCCAACUUUUGUCCAUACACAUUGAUAUAAGAACCUAAACUGCAAGAAACCCACAUUUGUAUGUAACCUGUAUUUUCAUGGAUACUACUAUUUACUGAGGACCAUCAGCUGCAAACCAGGCUUUUAUAUGGGCCUCCUAACGCAAUGUUGAGGAACCUACUUGUCCAAAGUGAAUAACCUGUAGCAGAUUGGAUAUGUUUACACUUCCACGUGUGAUGUCUUUGAUUUGUCUUUUGUUUGUUCUAUUUUUGUACUCCACUGUAUUAUUUCAAGUCUCGUUUGAUUGUGUCCUUUGUUUCUGUGUGGAUUUGUAGCUUGGAGGAGUCUUUACCAGGAAGAGGUCUUGUCACCAGCAUUGCUCAGGAUAAUAGACAGAGAGAUGUUUUGGAUUAGCCUGAAUUAGCUUUUGUACAUCACACUUAAAACAUAUUUUCCAAUGAGGCAACUCUUAUAGGGUUUGGGUGUUUUUAUUUAGCAUUGGGGUCAAGUACAUCUCCAUUCUAGUCAAUUUAGGAAACAAAUUCAAUUUAACUUAAUCAGUUGUGCUUCAGUUUAUUAACUGAAUUCACUGGCAUUGUAAGGGAAGGUGUGGAUGUUCCUAAUUCAGGCAAAAUGCCUUCCCGAUGGAUCAGUUUUGGUAAAUAGGUUUAAAUUCAAAGUAAACUCGGAACGGGGAUAGCUAGUCAGUUGUACAGAAGACAAUAUAAUGUUUUUUACAGAUUGUUUUCUAUAAAAAGGAUAUGUACUGUAUGUUUAUUGUCAAAAACAAGACUUUUUAAAAAGGAGGAAAUUAUGAAUUAAUAAUUGUAAAGGACACCACCCAAACAAGUCUUGCUUGACUACCUGUAAAUGGAUGUUUGUAUUUUUUGGUGUAAAAUACUGUUUUGUAUUUCUACUGCUGAGCUUCUUAUGGGAAUAUAGAAUGGCUGAAAGGUUACUUUGGGUUCAAGGCUUUUCUUCUGCUCUUCAACCUUAGCUCAGGCUGGGGAGUUGUUGUUCUCUACAUAUUGACUUGCCACAUUAAAGAUGUCACAACAAAAAUAUACUUGAUACACUCAUA